GUGGCGGGACAACGCGCGCGACAACGGUAGUAACAGAAGCGCGUGUAAGCACGUGCGUGGCUAGCUACAUCCGUUUGUAUUGUAACACGUGGCCUACACUAUUGUAAGACAGAUGUGUUGACUAGAAAUCGUUGUAGCAGAACGAGAGGGUUCAGAUAUACUUGUCAUCUAUCAUCGGUGUUGGAUCGAGUGAGUACCUUUGAGUGUUUUGGGCAGCUGACGUGUUCUACAUUUUCACCGUAAUGGGUGUUUGAUUUAACAAUAAACAAAAACGUCAAGGUUGUGUAAUUUUGGGGGACUUGAUCGUUAAAUCUGGCUGUCUCGAUUGACUGUGUGCACAGUACGGAACGCUCUGGAGUAAAGUGAGAUGUAGCCGGGCGAUCUGUAAAAGGAAUUCUUCUUUGUUACAUUAGGACAAUUUUCUGCUCUACGGAAAUUUUCAAACGAUUUUAGUACAACGGAUUUAAUGUUUCAAAACAGUUUUACACAGGGUUUAAAGAGAAAGAGGAAAGUUCAGCACUAACACAGAGGAAAAAAACAAGUUGUUACAACAUGAAAUUCCGGAUUUUACCUAAAUGAUAACACCUAAAAUGAUCAAUUUCUUUGCUGAAAUUACCAUCUAAUGAAUAGUUGUGUGAUUGGAUACAGUGAGUCGUGGAGAAAGCAUUGGUAGAUAAAGGUAAUAACACGUCAUUACUGUCAACUCAUGCUCUACUCCUAGAUACUGUUCCCGAUAGAGUGUUCUGUUGGUCCGCGGGUGGUAUGCUGCAACGAUUGAAAUGGCUAUUUAUCGUAUUCGUAUGGAUUUUACUCCAAAGAGAAACGUUUAUAAACGGUCUGCCUUUAAAUGGAACAUUUUCAUCUAGUAUUUCACCCAACAAUUCUACUGAGUCCUGGAAUAUUUCCAUAAACACUCAGGCAAACCAUUCCGAAAAUUCUCCAAAUAGAACCACGCUGCUUAGUUCCUUCCAAAUAAACUCCUGGCUCCUCCCAAAAAAAGAUCGCCAAUCUCAGUAUGUGAACAUUGUCCUGUUACCAGUCGGUGCUUUGGUGUGCUUUAUUGUCAUGAUAUUUCUGCGGUGUUGCACGUGGCAAAGAGAGGACCAAAAGUUCAAAGAUCGCGGUUGUAGUUAUGAUGUCACUAAUUACGUCAUUUUAACUCAGGGUGAUGCAGACUACAGUGACGUGGACAUGAGAUCAGAAACGUUGUCUAACUAUGACACGGUGAAUUCUCACAUCUCGGGCACACCCAAAAGCCCGUGGCGUGUACAUUCAGCGAUGCCUUCAUUUGUAUCUCUUCAAAGCCGCAUUGAUUCUCAAAUGUACGAUACCGUGACAUCUUAUCGAUCUUACCUACAGAGUCCCCAGGGCAGAAAGACAUUCAAUUUUGAUAAAAAAGAUAUCACGGAAAACGAUACUUUGGUUAGUGGCAAGCAGACCCCACAAAGACCGCGAAAAAUUCCAGGAACUCGAUUUUCAAUUGUGCCAGCUCUCGAUAAUUAUAUGCGUUUGAAAAGUUUGAAUAAAUCUCCUUCACAACCAGCUUCCCCUAAACUUCAUCGCAUGGCAUCGGAAUCACCGGACACUCUGUCAUCUAACGGAUCGGAAACCGGUGUAGUGCCGCGAAGAUACAAGAAAAGCCGAGUGUCCUUCACAGAGAAAAGUAAAGAUUGCGGACCUAGCAAGCGUCCAAGAAAAUGUCAGUCGGUCGAUGUACAAACUCAAGUGGACCUUCGUCGAAGUAAAAGGGCUUCUCAGAAAUCAAAUAUCACAACAACCUCAUCGGUUGCAACAGAGAUUGUUGACUGUGUCAAUACGGAAGACAAAAGUACGGAUAAAAGUACACGUCAAAGCUUUGUGUCACAACAUUCGAAAACUGAUUUAAAUAAUAUUGUUAACAAUAACACGUGCUUCAAAUUUGAAGCAGAAGUUUAUGCCGAACAGAAACCCCAAAUCGAUUGUGUGGGGUGCGAUAUGGAAAGUGGUCCCUCAGCAGAAGACAAAGAAAACUUUAAAAACCUUCAUUCUAAAGGCCAAAAUUAUAAAAUUACGGAUGUGAACGGUGUUUUAGAAGCCACUCCAAUUGAAUCUGUUUGUAACAGAAUUUCUCACUCUGUACCUGUUACGGGAGCCCGUACAGAGAUUCAAAUAAACAUCACCUCUAAUCCCCAUGAAGACGUCCCCUCAUAUGAGAGGCAGACGACUCCGAUGACGUCAUCUCUCCUGUGUUGCCCUAGCAUUCCGCCCAAAACCAAAUCCGAAACAGACUUGUUUAAAAACAACAAUAACAACUCCUCAACGGAAAAUCUUUGCCGGAGGAAAAGUUGUGACAUUAUUCAAAAAUCACUGGGCAAAAACGCCAAAAUUUCUCCUAUUGGUGUUCAUCAGACAAAGUGUUUCUGUGAUAUCAGUAGAAAGUUUUCCCUAGGUGCCAUAUCAAACGGUUCCCCUUCCAUUUUCAAGCCUAAAAAUAUUGGGAAUUCUUUGUCCUCCAUGAGGGACAUUUUGACUAUGCGAAAAAAGAAUUACGCACAAACCGCCAAUAUGCUGCAAGCACCAGAGAACAUGGAGACUGUUUCAACGUUUUAAUGAAGAUAUGAACAUGUUCAUCAUUAUUUCACUUUUACCUUAUUGAAUAUUUCAGCGCGUCGUGCACUUUGGCUUGAUAGUGCCGUUCCUGUGAAUUUAUUACCCGAAAACAAAGCACUGCGUAUGUAGAUAGAAUUAAUAUGUUGGAGGAUAAUUCUGUAUGUUUCAAGCUUGAUUGUUGUAUAUGUACUUAUCCAGCUCUCGUACUCAAAAUUAAUAGCAACGUUUUACAACAUCAAGACCCUCCGGCAGCAUAUGCACGAUAUACAUCCCUAUACGAGUACUUUUGUUGGAUUCUUAAUCCUGAGAGUCGGAUCAAUUUGAAAGCUAUAUAUGUAAAACAUAUUACACAUUACAUCUCUGUUGAAUGUCAGUCUAUCUAUAAGGAGAUGUUAGCAGACAAUUUGAAUUUCAUCACGUACAUUCACAAUUCAGGCGAAACUUUUGACCGACAUUGGGUACUUUUGAUAGGGCGUGAUUAUAUUAUAUUGCCAGUCAAUAACUGUUGACUUUAUUUUCACAGAUUUAAUGUGCUUCAACUCAAUUGCCGCGUUUAUCCCGCCUCUUUCAUAUUUUGAUACGGUUAAUUUAUGUCUAGGGAUUUUUUUUUAAAAAAAAAAAAAAAAAUAAUCUCUAGAGUGCGAUGGCAAUAUUCCGGAAUUGGGCCGUGUUAUAUCUGUGUUAAUCUACCUGUAUGGGUAAAUCUGACUUCUUUAGAAAUAUAAAACACUGUCUCUUUCUACUAAAAAUAAAAGUGUAUCUUUUUCACGGAAAUAGAACAGGCUACAGCUGAAACAUCAAAGUCAUGCACAAUUUACAAAGGCAAUAGCGCACAAAAUAGAACUGUGUUUCCUGGAAGUCAAUGAAGAUGAUUGUAAAAAUAUAUCUAAAAUUAUUUUGGGGAGAAUUCGGAAGUGGUUCAAGUUAAUUCACAUUUGGGUUUGAAGUAUAUACAAAGAGCAUUGUGUUUUGUGCGUUGUACUCCCCCACUUUUACAAUUGGCAACAACAAUGAAAGGCAGUUUUAUGAGAAAUCCUAACUUUCUGAUUGUAGCAAAACAAUCCUCUAGGCUUAACCGCUACUAUGGAUCAUUAAUAAGUGUCUAGGAAGAGUGCUUAACACAGAUACAAAAUAUAGACUAGAAUUUGUGUUGAACUUCGAUAACAGUUGAUAAGAUUGCUUUUGCCAAUUGUCUAGUAGAAUAGACAUGUUUUGUUACAUUCCGAAGGAACAGGGAGUUGUGCGUGAUAUCAAUGGCAACAGUUUAGAUAUUGUAGCUUAUAAACAUCUGAUUUUUCUAUUGUUUAAUAAGUUAUCAUUUAUUUCUAUUGCAUUAUAAAUGUGAAAUAUAAUGCAAUGAAAUUAAUGUGAGAAUAAUGAAUACCGUAUUCAGUAUUCAAUUCUGUAAUUUACAUUGUACAUUUUAUACAUUUACCGAUGAAAUUUCUCGAUUUAGGAUUUUUAUUGAUACAUUGUAGUAAAGCGAUUUUUUUUUAAGUCUUUCUAUAAAUUUGCAAUAAUUUGAAUGAAGACAGAGAAUUGAUAUGUCGCGUUGGUUUUCUCUCUGUUUAUCAAUGCUGAUUGUAUUGUAUAAUAUUUUGUAAUGGCUCACAAGCCUUGGAUUUCCUACAACAAGUGGCAUUGUAUUUGUAGGAUUCGCUGACAUUUUAGCACACAUAGAAUGUUGUUACAUUAAUUUUGAGAACAUUUCUAAUUAGUUUUACCUCAUUUAUAAAGGUAUUAACCAAUUUUGUGUUCAGUCUUAAUGUACACCAUGUUGGAGAAAAUUGUAUGAGAAAUUGGACCAUUUUGAACCGUUUCUAUUGGAGAAAACCGUUGUACAUGCUGUUUUGAUAUUUGAUUGGAAUUGUAUGGCGUACUUCGCAAUUUUGUUGACUUAAUAAAUAAAAUUAUUUUUAUAGAAAUAUAUA